UAUAUACUUCAUAUAAACAAAAAUAUUUCACAAUAUUUUUUUUUUUCUUGUAAAUAAAUAAACCUAAAGCAUUUCUGAUAAAAUGUCCUCAGUUACAAUUAAUAAACUAUUAAAAACUUCACAUAACGCUGGAGACAAUAAAAACUAUAUAUAUUUACAAAUAAAAUGGGGAGAUGAAGAAAACAACUUUAAAAUACAGGAUUCUGAAAGCGGAAAAUCAUAUCAAGGUAUUGUAACUGUCACGGCUAUGAAGGAAAUCGCAUCCAAUUUGGAUAUGUCUUACAAUGACUAUUAUGAUGAAAUGCGAUCAGCAUUAACCACUUAUUUAGCGUUACCUGGAUUUUAUUAUAAACUAGAACCUGAAAUGCAGGUUCUUAACAUCUGGAAAUCGCAACCUGAAUCAAUACCGAUAUUAUUUCUAGAUAUCGAUAUUAAAGAAAUUAGGGCCAGUUAUGAGAUAUUGGAUUCUGCUAUAGAACUCUUACAGCAACAAGAUAAAUCUCUAACAGAUCGUGUACAAAAGGCUCAUAAGUUUGAUGAACAUUCGCGAGAGCUUUUGGAAGAUUAUCGUUUGUGUGUGGAGGAGAAAAAUGAAUUGGAAAGAAAGCUGUUAAAGAAAGUAGCGGUAUUAUUGAAUGCCAAAAAGGAACGUAUAGCUCAACUAGAGGAACGAUUAAAAAAAUACGAAGAAGUUGAGGAUAACGAUGAUUCUGAGGAAAACGAGGAAGGGCCACAAAGUAGCAAAAGAAGACGACUUGUUGUUAGAGAUAGUGACAGCGAUGAUGAAGAAUAUAUGGCUGAUACACAACCUUUGACACUACCUCACGAUGAAACAAAUAAUGAAGAUUUUUAAUUAUAUUGUGUACUUCUCGGACAAAAUAUAUAAUAGCACUAAUUGUUAUCUUUUCCGAUAAACAAUAUUUUAGUUUAAUUCAUUUUAAUCGGAAUCAUUAUUUGAAAAUACAUAUAUUUAUAAAACCA